AUGUUUGCAUCUAGCUUGCUUGCUAGGUUUAUGCACAAUCCCUCAAAGAAACACAUGGGAACUGCUAAACGGGUGCUGAGAUACAUACAAGGCACAUUAGAUUUUGGAAUUGAGUUUGCAAAGGGGAAAACAGCUACUCUAAUUGGGUAUUGUGACAGUGACUGGGCUGGGAGUGAGGAUGAUAUGAGGAGCACCUCAGGAUAUGCCUUCACACUAGGCUCAGGCAUGUUCUCUUGGGCUUCCAUCAAGCAAAACACAGUUGCUUUAUCUACAGCCGAAGCUGAAUAUGUGAGUGCUGCAGAAGCAACUUCACAAGCUAAGUGGCUCAGAUUUGUGCUUGAAGAUUUUGGUGAAGAACAGGUAGAAGGGACUCCAAUUCUAUGUGACAACACCUCUGCAAUUGCAAUGGCAAGGAAUCCAGUUCAUCACCAAAAGACAAGACACAUCAGCAGGAAAUUUCAUUUUAUAAGGGAAGCCAUUCAAGCAAAAGAAAUUGAACUGGUGUACUGCAAGACAGAAGAUCAGAUAGCAGACAUUUUGACUAAGGCUCUGCCUAAGGAUCGGUUUGUGAGGUUGAGAAGCUUGCUUGGAGUGAAAUCAGCUAACGGAUUAGAAGGGAGUGUUGAAAUAUAA